AUGGGUUUGCUGCUGGAGUGGGAGACGAUUAAACGCCACUUGUACUUGGUUGGUGAUAUCUCUUCUCUCUCCACCCAAGGCGUGAUUGAGGCCAUUCAGCGCCCACCUGCUCAACUGCCGCCAAGUUUUCAUGAACCCGGGCGGUGCAUCAUGUGCACUCAAUACUACAUCACCAAGAUUUAUCAGUGCGGAGACCGGUACACAGAAGACGUCAAUUUCGAGAGAUGCGGUAAUCCAUCUAAACCAAACCAUGAACUCAAGCGGCAAUCUUUAGGCACCAAGAGCGAAGAAAGCAAGUGUGGACGAUAUGGGUGCAGGAAACCUUGA